UUUGCUCCAGAAAAGAAAAAAAGAAGAAGAUGGCCAAGCCAUUGCUUUCCAUAAUCUCCUCUUCACAUUCUGAAACCCUAAUAAUCAUCCUCUCUCUGUUUUUGGGGUCAUUUGUUCAAUCUAAAACGCUGGAUUCUGAUACCCAAGUUCUUCGCUUGAUCAAAAAAUCGAUCGAUCCAACUUCAAUUCCAUCGUACUCGUACAUUGGUAGCUGGGAUUUCUCUGUUGAUCCGUGUGAGAGCUCAGGAGGCCAGUUUCUGGGGAUCUUAUGCUCAUACCCUUCAGACAAUUCAAGUAGUCGAGUAACAGCGAUCGAUCUUGAUCCCAUUGGAUAUGAUGGGUUUCUAGCACCAGCAAUAGGAAACUUGACAGAACUCACCAUCCUUAAUCUACAUAACAACAAAUUCCGAGGGCCAAUUCCACCAACCAUUUCCAAUCUCAAGAAGCUCACAAUAAUCUCACUCUCGCAGAAUUUCUUCACCGGGAGUAUCCCUGAUGAGAUCUCUCAACUCAAGCAACUUCAAAGUAUAGAUCUAUCAGAGAACAACCUCUCUGGUUUCAUUCCUGCAAAUAUCUCGGGUCUGCGCAGCUUGACCUACUUAAGCUUAUCAAGAAAUUCACUCUCCGGGAGAAUUCCUGACCUCUCCGGAUUAUGGCGGCUCAACAUACUGGAUAUUAGCAUCAACCAGUUCUAUGGAAUUAUACCAAAACUUCCAGCAAAGCUACGAACACUUUCUGCAAGCCAAAAUGCUAUUUCAGGACAUAUUACACCCAUAAGUAGCCUCCAACUACUCAGAAACUUAGAUUUGAGUAACAACAGGCUCUCAGGUCCUAUUCGUCAAGAAGUUCUCACCCUGCCACAGAUCAUACGCAUUAACAUCUCGGUUAACCACUUCACCAUCUUUGAACCGAUCAGGAAUCCUGGAAGAGAGACUCACCUUCAGUUGCUUGAUGCUCAUACCAACCAGUUGCACGGCCAUUUACCUGCAAGCUUGACCAUGAUUGAAAACUUGACAUCAAUAAAUCUAUCUCAUAAUCAGUUCUCAGGUCCUAUCCCCAUGGAGUAUGGAGAAAAGCUAGGGAGCCCAUGGAAAACUUUGUUCCUGGAUAACAACUUUCUAACAGGAAAUCUUCCACAACGUUUCAGUGACGGUACCAUCAAACCUGUAAGGGGCAGCCUCGCAAACAACUGCUUAAGUUGUGCACCUACCAUCCCACUCUGCUCUGGAGGCCAAAGACCAGCUUCAGAAUGCGUUAGUCGGAAUGAUGGCAGUCAAUAGACUCAUCCAGAGUAGUUCAUCCUCACUACCAAAUAAA